AUGGCCUCGUCCCUCCCUCAACCCGCCCAGGACGCCGCAAAGGCCGCCGUCGACCAGGCCACGGCCGACAACGACAAGCACAUCACCGUCCUCUCCGACCCGGCCAACUUUACCGUAAAGCACCCGCUCUACUCGGCCUGGACCCUCUCGUUCGACUCGGCCUCGAAGCAGGACAAGGCAAAGUCGUGGGAGGACGCCAUCGUCCCCGUCGCCUCGUUCGCCGACGUCGAGUCGUUCUGGUCCCUCAACUCGGCCAUCGUGCCCCCCUCGACCCUCGGCCAGAACGCCAACUACUACCUCUUCAAGCAAGGCAUCAAGCCCGCGUGGGAGGACGACGCCAACAGCCAGGGCGGCAAGUGGUCCGUACAGCUCCCGCGCGGCAAGUACACCGACCACAUCGACCGCUUCUGGCUCUACACCAUGCUCGCCGCCAUCGGCGAGACGUUCGAGACCCCUUACGUCUCGCCCUCGUCCGACGACGCGCCCGCCCCGGCCACGUCGACCGCGCCCGCGCCCCUCCCCUCGUCCUUCUCGAACGAGAUCACGGGCGUCAUCGUCUCGACCCGCAAGGCCUUCUUCCGCCUCAACAUCUGGACCCGCUCGUCGUCGUCGUCGGCCACCGCCACCGACGCCGACGAGGUCGAGCGCCGCAUCAAAAACAUCGGCCGCCACUUCAAGUACCACGUCCUCGGCUUCCCCGAGGGCGGCAUGGGCAUCGCCCAGAACGACAAGGUCUCGAGCGACGUCGAGUUCCAGUCGCACAAGGACUCGCAGCAGCGCUACGGGUCCAAGAGCGGCGGCGGCUCGACCAAGUGGACCGUCUGA